AUGAGUUCCAACAUAAAAGAAAUUCUUACAAGAAUAACUGGAAAGACUUAUGGUGAAGAAGAUAUUUAUGAUCAAAAUGAGUCAACAGAUAUUCCUUCCUUUUACAGCGAUAACACCAGCAGCAUAAAUUUUUCAUCGCAAAGUAUAUGAAGUGCAAGGGAAGCUAAUCCUUCACAUAUGAGCGAAGAAAACAAAAUCAUUAAAAACAAUAAAAAGAAGGAUUUAAUCAUCCUUUCACUAUUUAGAGCUCCUAAAACAACUUCAAAAAAACAAAUCUUUCAACUAGAAACAAGAUGGUGAUAUAAUUCGUUCAAGUACCCAAAAAAAGAAUAUCUCCGAUGUAAGUUAAUAAGACUCCAUAAAAAAGUAAAUAGGCAAAUUCAACAGGGUAAAAAUCCUUUCGAGUUUGUGUCUAAUGAUGAGUCAUUAGAAAUAUGAAAGAAAUUAAAAGAAAUAUAUGAAAGCUCUCGAAACCUAUUUUGUAAUUUGUCAGCGACAAAUAAUGAGCCGCAAUAUCAUGGGAAGCAUAAAAGCUUCAACAACGAAUUUUGUGCAGGCUAUUUCAAAGAGCAAGUGACUAGAGAAUCGUUUUAUUAUUUCACUGAGCUACUUUUCUGCAAAUUUGAGCCAACAGUUUUAAUUAAAAGUUUUCAAUUAUGGUGCUGUCCUAACGAAAAUGAGCACAAUUUAUUAUGCUCCGAAAAGUGGUAUUUAUUGAAAAAGUGAAUAAACAAUUUAAUGAUUGCAGAUCUUGGUGUUGAACCUUGAUUUCCUAAAGGAAAUAAUGAAAACCAAAUCACUGACGAAGAAUUGAAGGAAAUAAUGAAGAUAAAUAAAAAAUCUGAAGUGGAUAAGCAUAAAAGUGAGCUGCAGUUCAGAGAUGAAAUAUUGUCUUUUGGUGAAGUAGACGAAUUCCUAAGUAAUUGCUAUGAAAUAAAUUAA